UUCCGAGGCGGUUGGAGUCCUGCAGUUGACACCUAGAAUCUUGACGAGUGUCAGGGAGGCGGCCGGGUGAAAGCGGCCUCCGGGGUAAGGCCGCCCGGGAAACUCGACUCUCGUGGGCUGCGGGUUGGCGCGGCAAGGGCGCGCGGGGCUUACUCACAGCGCCGUUUGCUGGGACUCGGCGGAGCACAAAGCUGAGCUCCGUGCACUGGAGCCGGGCCUUCUUCCUGCAGUCACCCUUCUGCGGUCUGCUCCGCUCUUGAUGCCUGCGUGGCCCCAAGAUAGGAGAGGCGCUUAUGACCCUAGGCCCCUAAGCGGCGCCCUGCCUCAUUCACCGCGUGACCGUCUCAUGGUCUAGUAUGGACCCUGUUGCUAUUCACGGCUGCCACCUCCUGCAGCAGCUGCGAGAGCAGCGGAUCCAGGGCCUGCUUUGUGACUGCAUGCUGGUGGUGAGGGGGGUCUGCUUCAAAGCACACAAGAAUGUGCUGGCAGCCUUCAGCCAGUAUUUCAGGAGCCUCUUUCAGAACUCUUCCAGCCAGAAGAAUGAUGUUUUUCACCUGGACGUUAAAAAUGUGAGCGGCAUAGGGCAGAUCCUAGACUUCAUGUACACAUCGCGCCUUGACCUUAACCAGGACAACAUUCAGGUGAUGCUGGACACAGCACAGUGUCUGCAAGUGCAGAACGUUCUGAACCUGUGCCAUACAUUUCUAAAGUCGGCCUCUGCAGCACAGCUGCCAGGCUUACCUUGUGCUGGUGUGAGUCUGGCUGGCACCUGUGCGGUAAGUGAGCACUACCCUCCUCACUCACUGCAGGAGUGCCCUGUGGAUGGCCCGCAGGCUAAAGUCCCAGCUGAAGUGAAUCCUCGUGCUCCAUCGGCAGAUUUCAGUCGUCCCACAGAAGUGUCAAAACCAGAUGCUGCAGGUGGCAGCUGCCCAGAGGUGCCCGGCAAACAGCCGAACUACUAUUACAAACUCAGAACAUUGUAUAGCAAGCAGUAUUACAAGCAAACUGCCUGCCCCAGUCAGGGGCCGUCCACAGAACAGCCGCUCACUCUCAGUGCCUCCACAGACCUCGCUGCAGCAGACUCACAGCCUCCUGUGGAGGGCCGUCCAGGUGUCCUGGAGUCUCCAGAGCACUUGCCUUCCACCUUUGUGGCUCCACCUGUCAGGAACUCUGGCAUUGACUCUGAGGCAGACCCCUUUUCUGAGCCCCCUGCCAAGCAGAUGAGGCUGAAGAAGGCCAUGCACCUGAAGAAACUAAACUUUCUCAAGUCACAGCAGUCAGCUGAGUGCACUUCACAUCCUGAGUCAGAUAAUGGGUUGGUCAGGAGGGAAGAAUCUGCUGCUAAGGAAGAUGCAGUGGAGAGAGCUGGAAGCCAGACUGCUGAGGAAAAAGGGAGGGAAGAACUGGGUCCAGAGAGCAGCCGUGAGGAGGAGCUGCCAGGAGCCCCAGCUUCAUGGGAAGACCCGUCCCAGGCCCUUCAGUCCCAGAAACAGUAUGCAUGUGAAUUGUGUGGGAAGCCUUUUAAACACCCAAGCAAUCUGGAGCUGCACAAACGAUCUCAUACAGGUGAGAAACCUUUUGAAUGUAACAUUUGUGGGAAACACUUCUCUCAGGCAGGCAACCUUCAGACUCACUUACGCCGGCACUCUGGGGAGAAGCCAUACAUCUGUGAAAUCUGUGGAAAGAGUGUCGUCUUUAUACUUCCUUGCAGGUUUGCAGCCUCUGGUGAUGUCCAGCGCCACAUCAUCAUUCACUCUGGAGAGAAGCCACACUUGUGUGACACGUGCGGCCGAGGGUUCAGCAAUUUCAGCAAUUUGAAAGAGCACAAAAAGACGCACACGGCUGACAAGGUGUUUACCUGUGAUGAGUGUGGGAAGUCCUUCAACAUGCAGAGGAAGCUGGUGAAGCACCGUGUGCGGCACACGGGAGAGCGGCCAUACAGCUGCCCUGCCUGUGGGAAGUGCUUUGGGGGCUCAGGAGACCUGCGCAGGCACGUCCGUACUCACACUGGGGAAAAGCCGUACAGCUGUGAGAUCUGCAGCAAGUGUUUCACACGCUCUGCUGUGCUGCGGCGGCACAAGAGAAUGCAUGGCAGAGCUGAUGCCAGGAGCCCCAUUGUGCUGGGUGAGCUUAGCAGGCCCAUUGAACCCUCUGACCUGGACAGGUCUCAGAGCUCGGACUCCUUCUCCCAGGAUGUGUCUGUCACACUGAUGCCUCUGUCUGUCAAGCUCCCUGUGCAGCCCGUGGAAAGUUCUGUGGCAGGAUUUGAUGGUCACUGUACUGGCUCCUACUGUAAGUUACGCUCCAUGCUCCACCAGGACAAACUGAGCCUGGAACCUACUAAGCUGGCCAAGCCACCAGAGUUGCAGAGCCAGCCUCAGGCCUACGCUUACUCAGAUGUGGAGACCUCAGCAGGUGUAGAGCAGCCACAGGCUGAUGGCAUGGCUGUGUCCCGCUCUUCCAUGGCCACUCUGGACAACCACUGCACUGAGCCACUGGGCAGCCGGGCACCUUCGGUGACUUACAGGAACUCUGAGGGACAGUUUUUUUCUAGUAUGACUCUGUGGGGGCUGGCAAUGAAGACGCUGCAGAAUGAACAUGAGUUGGAGCAGUGAUGUGCCAUUUUGUAACCCUGGAGAGAACCGUCCUUCCCACCCAGGCCAGCUCCCUUUCUACUGUGGAGAAUGGUUAGAUGGUUUCCUUCCCAGUGAUUGCUGGGAGCUCUAGCACCAUGAACCCAGGAAUUGGGAGAAAGGCCUGCUCGCCCCCUGCUGGUCCCAGGGAGGCAGACUCCAUAGGGCUGUCUACACAACAGUCUAGGGUAUGAGAACAGCUGAUUGGCAUCAUUGUGACAGUGCACCUAAUGUCAACUACUGUUUAUUUUGGUCCUGUUAAAUGACAUAUAUAUACAUAAAAAUAUAGAUAUUUUUACAUUUUUAUAUGAUAGAAAAUUUUAGUAUCUUAUAUUUUAAAAUAUUGAUACCAAUUCUAUUUGUAUAUUAAACUUAUAAUUUAAUUUGAAUAAAUGAGCUAGCUUUUUCAUAUAAUGUUUUAUAUUUUCUAAAUUUUUCCAGUAUUUUACUCUUUUUUUUUCCCCCAGGGUCUCAUCAUGUAGCCCUAGCUAGCCUUGAACUGUCAAAGUAGACCAGGCUGACCUUGAACUUACAGAGAUCCACCUGUGUCUGCCUCUGAAGUGCUGUAAUUAAAGGCAUGUGCCACCAUGCCCAGUUUCCAAGCAUAAUUAUUAAUCUUAAGACCUUAAUACUAUAAAAAUACAUAUCAGUGCAGAAGAACCUGGGUUUGAGCCUCAGCGCCACCCAAAAAUGAACUAAGUAUCACUGACCUGGGUGUAAGCCUGGAGUGGGGGGCCUCAGAGUCUUCUGAACAGCCUGACCUGGCAGCCACUUCUGGGUAGGUCUUAGCCAACUACUUGGUCACCCAGGAUUUUCUCUAGACUGGCUUGCUGCAGAAUAAGAUGAGUCCUUACAGGCCUGAAGUAGUCUAGCACCCACUUGGAAGUCCCAGUCACCUUCUGCUCUUAACAGAGCUCCCUGGCUGAGUUUACUCAGUCCCUCAGGCCUGAGAGUUCCCAUGAUGUCCAUAGUACUGACUCUGGAAUGUCUAAACAAACAUGAGAAUGGCUGCCUUGUAGUACACUGUACCUACUGGAAUCUUUGAGAACAACCUGCAGCAACUCUAAAUUAGAAAAACAGUGUUCCUGAUGAGAGAACCUGCCAAGGACAGGAGGAUUCCACAGAGAACAGCCAGGCCCAGAGAACUGUCAACUGUGAGUGACAUCUGAUUCCUCUCCCAGUUUCCUAGCCACCCACUAUACCAUGGCCCAUCCCCCAAGGCUAGCACAGCAGGUAGAAUCAGACCUUCAUGAGGGUUGAGCAUCCUGUCCAAGGGUGUGACAAAGUGAGGGUACCUUGAAUAAGGGGUGCCUGGAUUGAACUUGGGAUGUGAUGGUUGUGGGUGAAUGCUAGCCCCUAACUUCCCUCUCCUACUGGCUCAACAGCUUCUCAUCCCAAUAGUUCUUCACCUUCAUGGGUUAUAGCUUCCCUUGGUCCCUCACCUCAUCCUUACAUCCCUGUUAGCCAGGUUAUAUCCCCUAGUCUGAGUAUCAUAACUCCCCCACCAGGCCAUCCAUCCCACUGAUGGACAGUCUGUCUCUGCCCUCCAUGUACCCGACUGGUAACAGGUGGCCCCUUGGUUUCUAGACAACACUUCCACUGAGCCCUUACCCCCUCAUAGCCACCAUGUGCUGCCCUUCAUGCCAGUCUCCUCCAGCUCUUUGCACUCUUGCAGAUCUCCCCUCAUCUCACCUGUGGCCUUGCUGUGGUUCUGAGAACACAGAAGCAAAUAGGAACUUUCCUCCAACUCCCACUCCCAUGCCUACACCUGUUGACUGUGCCCAGUUCAACCGCAGCCCCCUCCUCUGCCCACUUCUCCCUGUGUCAUCACUAUAGAAUGCAGUAAGCCACUGUGCAGGCCUUUGGUCUCCUUGCAGGGAUGUAAGCCUGGGGAAUGUUCCAAGAAGUGCCUGGCAGACACUCAGUCCUUACUUGGCCAGUGGGUGCUUUGUCAUGCUUUUUCAUUGGAAUAUGGCCCCCUAGAUAGAUCCUCUGAUUUUUCUUUGAGUCCCAGUCAUUUAGACCUUAGUCUCAGUACUUUACUGAGAUGUUUUUCCUCAGGUCACCCAUGGCUUCUCCAUUGAAAUUCACAGACAGAUUCUCAAUCCCCAACUCAGGCAACUCUCAGGCAGACCUGAGCAGUAUGGCCACCUUUGUCUCUAGGUUUCUCCAGUGACUGGCUCAGUCUCAGAAUCCAUCCUUGCUGACUCCAGUCUACAUCUGAACAUUAAAUGUCCCAGAAUCCAGGCCCUGGAUCUCCUCUCUUCUUCAUCUACUCCCUAUAUCCUGGGACUACAGACUAUAGGUCUAUUAGACCGAGACCCUUAUCCUGAACCUCUCAGAACUCUAGAGUUAUAUGACCAUAGUUCAGUUCAGUUCUACACUAGGAUAUUCAAAACCACCUUUAACUAUAACUCCAGGGUAUUUAACGCCCUCUUCUGGCCACUGCAGACACAGCACUCAAUGUACACAUACAGAUAGCAUUAAAAAAGCUCAAUAGCUAGGACUUGGUGAGACUCUGCCAUGUGCUGUAUUGUCUCAUUACCUCCUCCAGCACCCCAGAAAGGUAGCACUGUUUUCAUAGUGGGUUUAACUCCUUCCAGGUACUUUCCUCAGAUACAAACGCAUUUAGUCACAUCUUUCUAAGUGGUACACGGUGACCUUAUUCUGUCGUAAACUGCCACUGACAUUGUCCCCUGUCAAAAACAUCUGUAGAAGGACAUGUGUGCCAGGGGUGAGACUCUUCAGGUCCACCAUACAACUCUCUUUGCUAUCACUGCAAAAUAAUAAUUUUAUUUUAAAAAAAUCACUAGUUGUGUACUUGUCAUAUGUAAGUUUUAUGAUGUGUAAAUGAUGCUGACAAAAAUAAACUAUUAAAAAUGAAC